ACUGGUCUUUGUCGUAAUCUUGUAUGUUCGGAUUUAUUUACCCGUGGUAUUGAUAUUCAAGCAGUUAAUGUUGUAAUUAAUUUUGAUUUUCCUCGUUUCAGUGAAACAUAUCUCCAUCGUAUUGGUCGUUCAGGUCGUUUUGGUCACUUAGGUCUUGCAAUAAGUCUUAUCACUCACGAAGAUCGAUUUGCUGUUCACAAAAUCGAACAAGAAUUAGGUACCGAAAUUUUACCAAUUCCACGUCAAAUUGAAGAAGAUUUAUAUGUCGCUAAAUCACCAGCCAUUGAACAAUCAAAUGAUGAACGUCCAACAGAGAAAUGA